AUGACGCCGUUCAAGCCACUCGCAACCGCCGCGACCACUCUCCGGGCCCGCCUCAGCCCAUCCCUUCGCACCCGAGGUGGCGGAGGACACGGUCCCAGCCGCUGGACCAGCCCAGGCCACGAGGAUCGCCCCAAGGGUUUCGCCUUCAACCGCACCCCGCCUCCCCCCGGCGAGUCCCGGAAAUGGGAGGACUGGGAGCUGCCGUGCUACGUCACCAGCUUCCUCACCAUAGUUAUCCUCGGAGUGGGCCUCAAUGCCAAGCCCGAUCUCACGAUUGAGACGUGGGCCCACCAGAAAGCCCUCGAGCGGCUCGAGCUGGAAUCUGCCGAGCCCGUUGAGUCCGAUUGA